UUGUUUUCUCUUGUUAACUAAUGUAUUAGGUGUUUGCUUUGGUCCAGUCCCUAAAAGUUUGUUUGAAUACACUUUUGUCUGGAUCAAAUCCAUUCUUCCAAACUGUGAAAUUAUCUUAUCUGUAUGCACCUCUAGAUGUUUUUGAAACCUGCAAAAGAUGAGCACUAUAUUGCCUAUCAUACUAUGCUCACUAGUUUUUUUUAACAUACAAACCACGCUUUCGACGAACACCUUGAUACCUCACCAAAGUUUUGUUGAUGGCUUCACAUUAAUUUCCUCCAACCAAAGAUUUGAAUUUGGCUUCUUCAGUCUUGGCAAUAGUUCGUCUCGCAAUCUUUAUCUGGGAAUUUGGUAUUACAAUCUGCCUCUCACGGUGGUUUGGGUGGCCAACAGAAACAACCCGAUUCGUGAUUCGUUUGGAGAAAUAUCUUUAAAAGAAAAUGGAACUUUAAUCCUUUAUAAUCGCUCAAAGGGUAUUGUAUGGUCCACCGAUAAUAUAACCAUCACGAGUAACUUCACUCCUGUUCUACAGUUAUUAGAUUCGGGUAAUCUUGUAAUUAGAGAUGAUGGAAGCAACAAAACCAUCUUCUGGCAAAGCUUUGACUUUCCAACUGAUACACUUUUACCAGAUUUGAAACUGGAUGUUGGAUUGCACAGGUUCCUUAGAUCAUGGAAGAGCAGUGAGGAUCCUUCGGAUGGUGUGUAUUCGUUUAGUCUGGAACCACCCGAAGCACCACAGUUGGUUCUAAGAAGUGGUUCGCGAAAGUUGUUCCGUUGGGGUCCGUUUGAUGGGACCAUGUUUAGUGGUGGCACUAGCCUAACAUCAAGUCCAUUGUUCCAAACUAUUUAUGCUUCCAAUUCUGAAGGGUUCUACUUCAAAUAUGAAUUGUUGGAUGAGUCCAUUUUGUCUAGAUUGGUGAUCUCACCCACAGGUUUGCUUCAGUAUUUUACUUGGAGGGUUAACAACAGUAAAGAAUGGAAUCUAUUGUUAACAUUCAACAGUGAUCCUUGUGAUAACUAUGCAAAAUGUGGACCUUAUGGGAGUUGUUAUUCACUAAGUAGUUGCAAAUGUUUAAGUGGGUUCACGCCGGAUUCACCUCGCGAUUGGGGUUUAUUUAGUUAUUCAGGUGGCUGCAAGAGGAAGCACGAACUUAGUUGCGGUCAUAGAGAUGGAUUUGUGAAAUACAACGCGUUGAAAUAUCCUGAUAAUCCGGUUGUUUGGGGGAACUACUCCAAUCAUGAUUGUGAAGCGAAAUGUUUAAAAAAUUGUAGUUGUAUGGCAUAUGCUAAUGUCAAUGUUUACGGAAAUGGCAGUCGAUGUGUGGGUUGGAUUGGUGAUUUGCUUGAUUUGAAGUACAUUUCGAUCAAUGGUGGGGAGGAGAUUUACAUCCGAAUGGCCCACGCUGAGAUAAAAUCCAUUGCUGAUGCUAAGAGGAAACGUUUAACGGUAAAGAUUGUCAGUGUAGUCACAGUUAUCGUUGUACUACUUUUAUCGGGUGGUGUUAUAUGGUACCUCAGUUGGAUUAUCCGGCAUAGGAGAAAAGACCAAAUAGGUCGGAGCUCUAAAGCAGCUCAACAAAGUGGGAGUUUUCAGUACGUGGAUGAUAAUCAAGACUCGGGAUUUCAGUUACCUCUUUAUGAUCUUGAAACCAUUUUGCUUGCGUGUAACAAUUUUUCUGAAAGAAACAAGAUCGGGCAAGGCGGUUUUGGUUCUGUUUACAAGGGUGAAUUUGCAAAUGGACAAGAAAUAGCAGUUAAAAGGCUGGUAGAAAAGUCGACGCAAGGCGUUGAAGAAUUAAAGAAUGAGAUUAUUUUAAUUGCCAAGUUACAACAUCGAAAUCUUGUCAAGCUUUUGGGUUGCUGCAUUGAAGGGGAAGAAACUAUGCUGGUCUAUGAGUAUUUGCCUAAUAAAAGCCUAAACAACUUUAUAUAUGAUAAACCUACACGAAAAUUAUUGACUUGGAGAAAACGCUACCAUAUCAUUAAGGGUAUUGCACGAGGGUUACUUUAUCUACAUCAAGACUCGAGGUUAAGAAUCAUUCACCGAGAUCUCAAAAGUAGUAACAUCUUACUUGAUGGCGAGUUAAACCCGAAAAUUUCAGACUUUGGCAUCGCUCGUAUAUUUGGAACAGAUCAAAUACAAGAAAUGACCAAAAGAAUUAUUGGAACCUAUGGCUAUAUGUCUCCAGAAUAUGCAAUGAACGGCCAUUAUUCUGUGAAAUCAGAUGUUUACAGCUUCGGCGUUAUCGUGUUGGAAAUUAUAAGCGGCCAGAAGAAUUGGGCAUUUCAUCAUCCUGAUCAUGAUCUAAACCUUUUAGGACACGCAUGGAUGCUUUGGAACAAAAGACGACCAUCAGAGAUAUUAGACCCGACUGUCGUAGAGCCAUCUUACGGGGAUCAAAUGAUAAGAUGUAUUCACGUUGCUCUUUUGUGCGUCCAACAAUAUCCUGAAGAUAGACCAAAAAUGUCUACGGUAUACGCUAUGUUAAGUUAUGAGAACAUGGAUCUACCCGAACCUAAGGAACCUGGUUUCUGCAGAGAAAGUCACAAGAAGUUUGACACAUCUGCUAGUGAUUCAAGUACAGUUAAUGAUGUUACAAUGACGACCUUGGGUGGACGUUAAAGGUCAGUGUAUGCAUGCAUGCUUUUGUUUACUUGUACCAUAAUUUCUUGAUCUAAUUUGCAGUAUGAAAUUAUUUUUAGGUCAGGUUAAUAAAGUAGGUUACAUUACCCUUACUUUAAAUUUGUAUACAUUAAUAAUAAAUAAAUUAAUGGAGUAGGCUCAUCGUAUUUUUCUUUUUUU